AUGUCCAGGAAGGUUUGUGGGUGCAAGUUCUCGUUCAUGGCGAAUGUCAUGAACCCGUUGCUGCUGACCCAUGCCUGCACUGGUGUGCUGGUCGCACCCAAUGUGGUUGUGGCACCCGCCUCAUGCAUUGAAGAGAAGAAGGUCGAAUUUCCCCCUGUAAGGCUGGGAAGCUACAACUUGAAUUCUGACGAUGUGCCCAAAGAGGCUGAGGUUCUGAACACCUGUCGACGCAUCACCCACAAAGACUACCAAAAAAACAACCCGCAAAAGGGCGCCGACAUAGCCCUGCUAAUCCUGGAGAGCCCCGCGGUGCACCAUGCGCCCAUCUCCGGCAUAACAUCCAUCGAGGAAUGCCGGGAUCCUUCGCUCAACGGCAAGGGAAACAUCACUGCCUUUGGGUGGUUCAUGCCAGGCAGGAAUCUGUCACCCUCCAUCCAGCUGCAGGCAGUGCCAAACUUGGAGGUGGUGCCAGCCAAGCAGUGCAGCAUUGCAAUGAACCAUGAUAUUCCCAAACGGGCCAUCUGCACGGUGUCCACUGCCAGGGCUGCCAUCUCGGAAUGGGAUCCUGGCUCGCCCAUCCUGUGCAACGACAAGAAGCUGAUCGGCAUUGCAUCCUACGAGCAGAUGCCAAACUCAAAGUACUUGCCCUACGUGUACACUCACGUUGCGGAGCACUGGGACUGGAUCCAAAGCCUAGGAGCUGGGGCGUCCAUCGAUGUGCCAGACAACAGGACAGAAUGCAAGGCUGCGCAAGCUGUGCACAGCAUUGCAUUAAAAGAAAACGAUGAUCGCGAGCUCUAG